AUGGCAACAUUCACUCCAACUGCAAACUGUGCAAAUGUCUCCUCAGAUGUGGCACCAAUAUAUUUUACUCUAACAAAAUAUUCUUCAGCAACAACAACUUCAGCUCUAACAGCACAUACAAAUAGGCCAGAGUUUGACUCCACAAAAAGAAGCUCUUCGGCGGCAAAUACAACAUCAACGACCACAAUUAAUACAGCAAGAACAGAAGCUUCAGCAACAAUUACAAUUGCAGCAGUAAAAACAGCAGCAACAGCAGGUUCAUCAAAUACAGCAAUCGCAACGUGUGCACCAAGCUCAGUAACCACAAUCGGCUUCAUUGCAACAACAACAACCUCAACUUCUUAUUGGUGGCAGAUACCCCCGCAAUCGCCACGUCAGUCACCAGCACUUCAAAUGACACCGCCUCCACACUCACCGCAACCUCAGCAACAGCAGCAACAAUUGAUUCAGCAACAGCAAUUCGGACAGCAAAUGCAAAAUUGGCAGCAGCAACGCCAGUAA